UUUCGUUUCUUCUAACUUUUAUGAGUGCUAACAACGUGUUGCUGAAAGCUGAAGUCAUGGUCAGAGACUAUAUGUCUCGCUUCGACUCCUCCCAUGAUUUCUUGCACGUAGACCGAGUAAGAAGAUCAGCUCUCCAUAUUGCAAAGGAACAUGGAGGUGAUCUAGAAGUCGUGGAACUUGCUGCUCUUUUCCAUGACGUAGCCGACGCAAAGUAUGCCAAAAAUCACGUCCACCAUCGAACAGGUAGUGAAAUUGUCAUUGAUUUUCUCAUGGACCUGGAUUACGACGCGACGAAGGCGCAGUUGAUUGGGAGAAUCGUUGACAAUAUUGGAUUUCGCAAGGAACUUGGCUGGUCUUCCAAGGACGAUACAGAAUUCAUCACCUGGAGGGAAUCAUGCCCAGAGCUUCAUGCUGUUCAAGAUGCUGACAAAUUGGAUGCAAUCGGAGCCUUUGGCGUCCUUCGAUGUGCAGCUUUCAGCGGAGCCCGUAACAUAUCACUCUUCAACCCUGAUGAUGCUCCAAUUGAGGGCAUGACCAAGGAACAAUAUGAGCGGCAGACCGACAAUGGAGGUGGUUCUUCUAUCAAUCAUUUCCACGAGAAAUUGUUCUUACUCAAGAAUAUGAUGCGAACCCCAACUGGAAAAGAAUUGGCGGAAAAGAGAGACCUAUUUAUGCGCCAAUUUGUCCAUCAGAUACAAGAGGAAUUCUUGAUGAACGCUUGAAUGCAGCUCAAGUAGUUUUUCCAAAUAACCAGCUUGCUAAACUCAACUUGCAACCCAAGACGUAUAUACCUCCAGCCAUCAGAAUGAACGAUUAUAAAAACUUUUCAAUGGCAAAUCCUUAUGUGACCAUGAAUGCGCCAUUGUGAUCAACAGCUCAACUUUAGCAUGUAAAGAAAAAAAUAUCACGAAUAGAGUGGAAAUCAAGAAUACACAGCUACAGAAUAAGCUUCCAUUAUGCGCUCUAAAUAAAACAACAUAUGAGCUUUACACCAAUUGCCCUGUACUAGUUUUAUCAUUACGAACGACGUUGGCUAUCAUUAUUUCACGUGAAAUGUAGACUGCAAAGCAAUUAAAUCAUUAGUAUAAACGUCAUUGCAAG